AUGAGUAUAGAUCAGCUCGCAGACCAGAUUGAGCAGGCCAUGAGCCUCGGCCAGCAAAAUCCAUCCGAUGCCACAACUCCAAGCCUUCCGCCGGCGCUGGCCAUCGCCAAGAACAAGUCCGUGGAUGAGAUCCUCGCAGAUCUGAACAAGUCGCCGCUGUUCAUGACGGAGAUGGAGGACAACGACGACAUUGCGGCGCUGCAGGCUCUGGCGUAUGAGGGCACGCCGCUGGAGAAUGCGACGGAUUUCAAGGAGCGUGGAAACGAGUGCUUCAAGGCAAAGGGGUACAGGGACGCAGAGCAGUUUUACGGAAAGGGCAUCUCUAUUUUGUUUGUGGAGGAGCGGAAACGGGCAAAGGGGGAGAUCACAAAGAACCCUGAGACGGGGGAGCCGGAUUCUGAGGAGGAGAUUAAGCAGCAGAAGGAGACGCUCGAGGCCAUGUAUGUCAACCGCGCGGCGUGCCAUUUGGAGAUGCAGAACUACCGCAGCUGCUGGACAGACUGUGCGGCGGCCAUACGGCUCAACCCGCGCAACGUGAAGGCGUAUUAUCGCAGUGGAAAGGCGCUGCUGGCGGUGGAUCGCAUAGAGGAGGCAGACGACGUGUGUGCCAGAGGUCUGGCUAUUGAACCGGAAAAUAAAGCCCUAAGGACCGUCGCCGACGGCAUCAUCAAGCGCGCAAAGACGCUGGAUGAGCUGAAGCGCAAGGCGGCGGAGAGGGAGGCCAAGAAGCAGCGUAGGGCACUGCUCCUCAAGGCAGCGCUUGCGGCGAGAGGCAUCAAGACGCGCAAGACGGAGCAGCCGCCUGAGAUGGAAGACGCAAAGAUUACACUCGUGCCUAACGAGGACGAUCCUUCGUCCGAGCUGGCGUUUCCGACGGUUCUGCUCUACCCGCUGCAUUUGGAGUCUGAUUUCAUCAAGGCCUUUCAGGAGACGCACACGCUGGAGGACCAUUUGGGAUAUAUUCUCCCAUUGCCUUGGGAUAAGGAGGGCGCGUACACGCUGGCUGGGGUGACGUGUUACGUGGAGACGAAGGAGGGCGGGCUGAUCAAGAUGGGCAAGAAGGUGCCUCUGCUGAAGGUGCUGGCCGGAGGAAAAGUGGAAGUUGUGGAUGAGGUGGUGAGGAUAUUUGUGGUGCCAACGGCAAAGGCGGAUGGAUGGGUGAAGGAGUUUAAGGAGAAGAGGGCGGCGGAGAAGGGGGAGAGGAGCUGA